UUCUUUUUUAACAACUCCUAAAACCGGUGCGAACAUGCGCUGCGCAGACCACUGCGGAGAAGCUUUUGCGCAAAUUGGACUCCGCCGUGGAUUUGUUGCAGGUUUUUCCUCAUGAAACCUUCAGAUUGACGGAUUUAUGGACUCGCGUGUUAAUGAUGUCUAUGGGUUUUAUGUCUGACAGUUUGCGUGAUCCCUCCAAAUCGGCCUUUCUGGAGUUUGGCCACGGACAUCCAGCGCACCCGCAACACCACCAGCAGCACCAGCAGCACUCCCCCGGACUUUCUCAUAUUUACCCCGUGCAUGGCUUACACGGUGCAGCGCAUUCCCAGCACGAAAGUCCCUUCCCCGCGAACGCGUCUUACGGCCGCUCUUUGGGCUACGCCUACCCAAGUGCGAUGAACGCUCAUCCCCCGUCCGCGUACAUGAGUUACCAGCACAGCAAUCACAACAGCAAUCUGACGCACAGCAGAUUAGAACACGCAGAUCGAGAUAAGUCCACCAUACAUGAAAAUAGAGACAUUCGUCUAAACGGCAAAGGCAAGAAAAUUCGGAAGCCUCGGACCAUCUAUUCUAGUCUGCAGCUGCAGGCUCUGCACCAGCGCUUCCAGCAGACCCAGUAUCUGGCCUUACCGGAGCGGGCCGACCUGGCGGCCAAACUGGGGCUCACACAGACACAGGUGAAAAUCUGGUUUCAGAAUAAACGCUCCAAGUAUAAAAAGAUCAUGAAGCACGGCAGCGGUCCAGAGGGAGAACAUCUCCACGGCAGUAACUCCAUCUCUUCCUGCUCGCCCCAUCUUUGGGAGGUGUCGAUGGCAAACAAAGGAGCCCCGGUGCACCCCAACAGUUACGUGAACACUUUUGGCCAUUGGUAUCCAAACCGCCACGCGCAUCAGGAUGCGAUGUCACGGCCUGAGAUGAUGUGAGCGCAUCCUUCAAAGACCUCAAAACAAAA